AUGAACAUGCAAGGCGUCGCCCUGCACGGGCACAUGAAGCCCGUGACGAUGAUUAAGUUCAACCGCGAGGGGGACCUGCUCUUCUCCACCGCGAAGGAGCCGAACAUCAGCGUGUGGUACACAAAGACGGGGGAGCGGCUGGGGGUGUUCGCCGGGCACAGCGCGAUCGCGGCGUGCGACGUGAACAACUACUCCACCCUCCUCGUGACGGGCGGGAUGGACUUCAAGGCGAAGCUGUGGUGCGUGGAGAGCGGGGAGGAGCUGGCGAACAUCAUGCUGAAGAGCCCGGCCCGCGCGGUCGGCUUCGCCCACGACGACAGCCGCGUGAUGGUCGCCACCUCGCGCAAGAUGGGCGAGAAGUCGGCGAUCCAGCUCUACAACCUCCCCUUCGCCGUGCCCAAGGAGGACUACGCGGUGCAGCCGGUGAAGACGGCCUUCAACCCGUGCGCAGAGUUCGUGUCGGAGUGCGACGACAUCACCUACGCCGUGUGGGGGCCGACGAACGACACGAUUUACUACGCCAUGUCCGACGGCGCCGUGGCCAUCCUCGACGUGGAGACGAUGCGCACCGUGCGCACGCAGCAGCCGCACGAGGAGGCGGUCAACCGCAUCCACUUCGACCCCAACUACUACACCCUCAUCACCGCCUCGAAGGACAAGACGGCGCGCCUGCUCGACUCGCGCGACGUGUCGGUGGUGCAGACGUACACCAGCGACGUGCCAGUCAACGACGCCGCCGUCUCCCCCUGCGGCGACCACGUCAUUUUAGGCGGCGGCAUGGAGGCGCAGGACGUCACCACGCAGGGCGGCCAGACCAGCUUCGAGGUGAAGUUCUACCACAAGGUGCACGAGCGGCAGCUGGGGCAGGUGCGGUGCCACUUUGGAACGAUUAACGCCGUCGCCUUCUUCCCCGACGGCCGCGGCUUCGCGAGCGGCGCCUUCGACGGCCUCGUGAAGCUCCACCGCUUCGACGACAACUACGACGCCGCGCCCGGGGCGAAGCCGGUGUGGUCGCCGGAGCAGUAG